CGGAGAGAAAUACGCAUGUGCGCCGCCAUUUGCUCAAGGAGCCUCUGAGGACUGUCGAAACAAGGCUCGCACAGAAUGGAGGCCUCUGCCUCCGCUGUGUUCUGCAGCAGGAUGUUGAGCAUGGUGAACCGUGAGGAUGUUAAUGCUAUUGUACAGGCACAGAAACACAUGCUGGACCGUUUUGAGAAGACAAAUGAGAUGUUACUCAACUUCAACAAUCUGUCAAGCGUGAGGCUAAACCAGAUGACAGAACGAUACCAGCAUCAUACCAAGGCACUUGUGGACAUGAAGAAAGAUCUCGACAAUAUCUUUCGGCGAAUAAGGAUUCUGAAGGACAAACUUGCAAAGCAACACCCUGAAGCAUUCAGCAGUACCUACAAUUCCCUGGUUACAGAUGACGAUGAGGAUUUUGAUUCAAUCCCGAAGGGUUCAUUACCACUGUCCUCCACUUUGGAGUUGAGUUCUGACUCCAGUAAUACCAGCCCAACGUUACUGUCCACUGGAGCAAGUGGGGACUCGGAAGAUGCCUCACAGGGACUCACAGACACCCUGCCGAUUCAGGGACAGAUUGAUGGGCAAGAACAGCCUGUCAGAGAAGAUGGUGGAGAAUAAUCUUCAAACUGCACUUGGAUAAUGGUCCCCUCAGAGUGAGAGGGUGAAAGCAGCCUGGAAACCAGGCCCAAGUACCUGGACAAGCUCUUGGAUGAAACCUCUUAUUGUUGGUAUUAGAGCGGACACCAAGGCCAAUACCUGAAGAAACACAAACUAACUUAAAACGUUUGCUGUUUUUCUUGUUUUUUUAAUUGCACAGUGGAUUACUGUUACCCAAAAUUUUUGGUGGACUCCACUCACUAUGUCAUCCUAGGGGUUUAACAGCGAAACACAGUCAUGUUCACUGUAUGACUGUAGGUUUGCACUUGUUGGAUUUAUGUUAAAAAUGUAAAAUGUGAGAAAAUAAAAUGUCAACAGCACUGCAGCUGAUGGCUGAAGUGUGUUCUAGUGUCAGGUGGGAUAGUUCGUUGUUGAUUUGUGGAGACACUCACAGCCAGGACAUCAAGAAUUUAUCAACCGGUUACUGCUUAAACCUCACAGCAUGUUAGCUUGAGGAAUGAUGCAUCUACUGAUGGGAUGCUGAGGUUCACAACCAGAGCAGCUGGUCAGCCAUGUAAUUUGAAUGCAGUCUUUACGAAAUAGGAGUUGGCAAUAAUUAACUGAAUAAUUGUGAUAAUCCUCAGGAAUGGCAAUACUCCCAAAUAGGCGUACAUUCCUGCCAGUGUGAGUGGAAACGUGGAAAGCAGGGCCUGAAGACUAUUCCCAGGCUGAACUCCGACUGUGCGCAGGAUUCUAGCUCUAUAGGGAGUUCACACAAGCUGUUUCCUUAACUCUGCUUUGGUUCUAAUGAUGAAGGGUCUAGGCCUGAAACGUCAGCUUUUGUGCUCCUGAGAUGCUGCUUGGCCUGCUGUGUUCAUCCAGCCUCACGUUUUAUUAUCUUGGUUCUAAGCUUGCCCACUUCUACCUGUCACAAAGGGAAGCGUUAAAGUUAAGUUGCUGGUUGUUAAGCUUACACUGUCAAUUGUUAAAGUGCUGCUCGUUAUUGUUACGUUACUGCUUGUUAAUUAUAUUACUACUUUGUUUUCUGGCACUGUCAUUAAGAAAUAUAGUUUUCAUUGCUUUCUCGUCACAGGAUCAUCUGUAAGAAGAGUGGCUCACCAGUUGUUUUCAGCCCAAAGCUGGACUGCUUGCAUCUAUCAAUGCAAUAACUUGAUUAGAACAAAGUGCAUUACAUCAUGCCUUAGUGCAGUGACAUAUCCUCCAGCACUUCACAUGAGCCGCUAUCAAAACAAACUAAACCAUGGAGAUGUUCAGAGGGAGGGUCACUGGACCCAAAAUGUUAACUGAUAUCUCUCCACAGAUGCUGCCAGACAUGCUGAUUUCUGUUUUUGUUCCUGAUUUCCAACACCCACAGUUCUUUUGGUUUUUAUUCAUGUAGAUGUUAGGACAGGUCACCAAUAACACGGCCAAAGAGCUGCCUAUACUGGAGUAUCUUAAAGGAGGGAAGAAAGAUAAAGCAAGGACUCAUUUAAACAGCAGCUUGCACAACCACAGGUGUCCAUAAGUUCCUUGCAGCCAAUAAAGCACUUCUGAAGUGUGGUUGGAAAUGUCAGAAAUGCAAUAGGGAGGGAAUUCCACAGCUUGUCGCCGAGGCACCUGAAGCCAUGACUGACUUCAGUGCAGCAAUUUAAAUCUCAAAGAUGCCCAAGGUUCCAAAAUUGGAGGAGUGGUAAGAUUUUGGAAGGUUUGGGGAUUGGAACAAUUCACAGUUAAUGAGUGAGGAAACCCUGGAGGGUAUUGAACAUGAAAUUGAGAAUUUAAAAUUUGAAAUGUUGUUGACCUGGGAGGUGGUGUAGGUCAGUGAGCACAGGGCUGUUGAGUAAAUGGGAUUGGUCUGAAUUUUGAUUAGCUGGGGUUUCGCCUGGAGCUGAGACAGAUGAUAUGAUGGAGAUGGCAGGAGGUGGACUGAGUAAAGGAUGGAGAGUAUGAGGUUGUUGACUUGCUCGCCAAGGUGGGUAGUUUUUGUUCAGACAUUUCAUCAUCAUGCUAGGUAACAUCAUCAGUGGACCAUGCAGACUGGACUUUAUAAAUUCCAAGCGGAGUAAAAUAACAUUGCUUAAUCGCAUGCCUCCAUGAUGAUGUCACCUAGCAUGGUGACAAAACAUCUAAACAAAAACGAGCCAGCUCACCGAGCAAGUCAUCAACCUCAUCCACAACCUGAGCUACACAUCUUUACCAAAGCUUUAAACAAUUAUGGAUUGAGAGUAUAUCAUGUUGAAAAUUCAGCCUGAACCUAAUCAGGGCACUGAUGUUAGGAAUCACCUGAUUCAAGCUGAGACACUGACUGCGGAGAUAAUUGUCGUUAAAUGGAACACUGUUCCAAUUGACUACUUCUGUCAUAUUUCAACCUCUUGCUGCAUAAGCAGCUACCUUUAGGCAAAAUGUAGAAUAAGGAAUCCUGAGCAGGAGCGGACCAUUCAGCCUAAUGAGCCUGCUCCAAUCGUCAAUACAUCAAAGCUGACCUUUGGAUUCAAUUCCACUUUCCCUUCCAGUCCCCCUACCUUCAAGACCUGGCCAUAAGUAUAUUUAACGAUGGAGCAUCUACAAUCCUUUGGGAUAGGGAUUUACAAAGAUUAGAUGAAAACAUUUCUCCUUGCCCAAUUUCUUCCACCCCUGCUGAAAAAAACCUAUGUAUUGAUUCCACAGACAACAGAAAAAAACUUUGAUCUGUGCCUAUUGCUUCAAUGAGAACAAUUCUGUUUCUUUUACUGUCCAGAAAAUAUAGACAGAAAUUACCCCAAUCUCUCAUCACAAAAACGGACUUCGUUCCCCCAGAACAGCCUCACUGAACCCUGCCGCAUCUUCACCAUUCCCCCAGAACAGCCACACUGAACUCUGCCGCAUU